AUGACGGCAGAGCAAAGCGCCGCGGCUCAGGGCCAGAAGCGCAUCCACAGCCUGGUCGUCGAUACCGGCCCUCUCAUCAAGAACGAGCCAGCACUCUCCACCCUCAUAUCGGAGGCCGAAGAAAUCUACACCAUUCCCUCUGUUCUUAGCGAGAUCAAGGAUGAAGCUACUCGAGCCCGAGUUCAGACGACCCUCCUCCCGUUCCUGAAGCUGCGAAGCCCGCGUCCCCAAUCGAUCAAGUUCAUCACGGACUUUUCAAGACGGACGGGAGACCUUGAGGUUAUGAGCAAGCCUGAUAUACAUCUAUUGGCUCUGUGCUACGAACUAGAGAUAGAGCGGAAUGGCGGAGAUUGGAGGAUACGGAAUAACCCCACCCAGAAGGGCCUCAACGGCAAGCCUCCAGCGCAAGGGGAGCCUGCCUCAGAGAAGAAAGGGUCAAACGAGGGGGAGGUUGAAUCAAAACUGGAAGAGUUGAGACUUGGAGAUCAAGCAAAGACACUGGCUCCAGCGGCCGAACAGCAGGUCACUGAAACACCGGUCCAAGCAGAGCCUCAGGUGCCCGCUGCUCAGCCAGCAAGCGAGCCUACCGCAGAGGAAAGCGCAACUGAAGAGAGCGCCAGCCCCGAGAAGAAUGAAAAGGUGGCUGCAGGCGAGGUUGUCAAAGACCAAGUUCAGCCAGAGGCCGCGCAGGAGGCGGAUGAUGCCGAACCAGAAGCUUCCGACGACGACAGCGACGGCUGGAUAACACCUUCCAACUUGAAAAAAAAGCAAGCAGAAGACUCUCAAGUUUCUACGCCCUCUGAAAUGAUUGAGACAACUCUGCAAGCCGCCCUGCUCACCUCCGACUUUGCCAUGCAAAACGUGGCAUUGCGGAUAAACCUCUUCCUCGUCUCCCCCUCGAACCUCAGCCGCAUCAAGAAGCUCAAGACGUGGGUCCUGCGCUGCUACGGGUGCUUCAACGUGACGCGGCAGAUGGACAAGCAGUUCUGCCCCAAGUGCGGGCAGGCGACGCUGACGCGGACGAGCUGCAGCACCGACAGCUCGGGCAAGAUGCAGCUGCACCUCAAGCGCAACUUCCAGUACAACAAGCGCGGAAACGUCUACAGCAUCCCAAAGCCGGUGCACGGCACGGCCAACGGCAAGAUGGCGGGCGUGCAGGGCGGCGGCAAGGGCCACUGGGGCAAGGACCUCAUCCUGGCCGAGGACCAGCGCGAGUACCAGCGCCGCGCCGACGAGGACCGCAGGCAGCGCCAGAGGGACCUCAUGGACGAGGAUUACCUGCCGAACCUGGUUACUGGCGAGAGGACUGGUGGGCAUGGGCGGAUCAAGGUUGGCGCGGGCAGGAACGUCAACGCAAAGAAGAGGCGCUGA